AUGUCAUCCAAUAUUAUAUUGGAGAAACAAAAACAGGUGGAAACCCUUAGAAAGUUUGCUUUUAUUGGAGUUACAUUAUCUACAGUUGCUGCUAUUAUUUGCCUUUUCUCAAUUUCUAUGAUAUAUAAUUAUAUGCAGCAUGUGCAAACGAUGCUUGAAAAUGAAGUCGGUUUUUGUAGAUCCAAGACAAGUUCAUUAUGGAAACAAGUAUUACAAGUUUACGUAAAAAAAGGAAAUAAUCAAAGAAUAAAACGUUCUCCUCAUAAUAGUGGCAUUUAUCCAGCUAUACCUGUUGUUAACAAUAAUCCAUAUUUUCCACCAACUGGAGCUGUUAGACAAGAAACAAGAGAAAUGGAAAAUUGUUGUGGAUGUGGUUUUGGACCACCUGGUGAAAAAGGAAGUGAUGGUAAAGAUGGUAUUGAUGGUAAUGAUGGUGCUCCUGGACAAGAUGGAAAACCAGGAGAAGAUGAUAAUCAAAAUGAUCAUGGUAAUAAAAAUGAAGAUUGGUGCUUUGAUUGUCCAGAAGCUUCUCCCGGUCUACCUGGAGAACCAGGUGAUAAAGGUGAACCAGGACCACCAGGAGAUCCUGGUUAUGAAGGAGGUAAUGGAUUAAUUGGUCCUCCAGGACCUGCUGGACCAGCUGGACCUCCAGGACCACCAGGAGAACCUGGUAUACCUGGUCAACCUGGUAAACCUGGUGAUUUAAUUCAAAUGGAAAGCAAGCCUGGACGUCCAGGACCUCCAGGAGAAAAAGGACCAAAAGGUUUACCUGGAAACCCAGGAACACCUGGUCGUCCUGGUCAACCAGGACAACCUGGUCCAAAAGGAGAUAAUGGUUCACCAGGACCAGAUGGCAAACCAGGACGUCCUGGAUUACUAGGAGAAAAAGGAAUUCCAGGAGAAAGAGGAAAUUGUAAUCAUUGUAGUCCACCACGUACAGCUCCAGGAUACUAA